AUGGCACUGUGGGCUGUGCCGGCCCUGGGAAAGUGGGCCUGCACCGUAGAGGAAAGGCAGUGGAGUAAGCCGUGGGCACACCUCCCAUCUCCUGUCUUGAACAAGCGGCCUCCUGAGAAGCGUCAUCCUGGCGCCCCCAGCUCCUACCCAGCCCGUACCCCUUCACCCCAAGAGCAUCCCUCUCCUGCAUCCUUCCCUGGCCAGCGCCCCCGCCCUCUGCCCGCUCCCGCAGCGCACGCGCACUCCACCCCUCCCCAAGCCUGGCUUCCGGCCGGGGCGGGGCCUGGCGCGGGCCGGGUGCGGGCGCCGGCCAUGCUCAUCACGCUGUGCUACUUGUACCUGUGGGCGCGCUGGGGGCGCCGGCCGGCCGCCCUGGUGCUCUCCACGGUGCGGCGGCUGCGCGCCUCGCGCUGCUCCUUCACCUUCUGCCGUGCCGCGGCGCAGCCCAGGGGCGCGCGCGUGUGCCUGAGCCGCGGCGGCCGCGUCUUCUGCGUCGGCGAGAGCCAGUCUAUUGAUGACUUGAACAAAUGGGCCCUGUUUCUUGUCUCUCCCUUCAUAAUUGAGGCAGAGCACAUAGCAUUUGUGACAGAGAGCAUUUGGGCACAAGGUGACAGUUUCCAGAAGCCAUCAUCUUCAGAAACACAGAAUACCUUCUGA